AUGGCAGACGAUCAUCCUAUGACGCCGGUCGACAUUGAAGGAUUGACCGCAGGGGGCAAUCAGCCCAGCGUCGCCGAUCUAGUUCAUGUGAUACAGCAACUUCAAAAUACGAUUACAUCGCAACAAUCGGACCUCCAGGAUCAACGCCAGAACUACGAUAUGUUAAUUGAGCAACUCAACCGCGAGAUGAAGAAGGUUAACGAGCGCAACGACAUGCUUGCCCAACACCAAAGCUCCGCCGAAGAAAUCAAAUCCGCGGUCGUUGACGCUGUAAAAACUAUCGUCACCCAGCCCGGUGGCAUCCACGUACAACGCACCGAAUCAAAAGCUGAGAAAGUUCCAAACCCUGACAAGUUCUCCGGAGAUCGCCUCAAAGUCGACACAUUUAUUGCUCAGUUGAAGAACAAGUUCACUGCUGAUGCUGAUAAAUUCCCUACUGAGCGACACAUGUUAUCCUACGCUUACGCUUUACUCGAUGGAGACGCUGCGAUUCGAAUGACGCCGUUUAUGAACACCGAUAAUGCUUCACAUUUCACAACGAUGGAGGAAUUCUACAAACUUUUGGAACGAUCCUUUGGCAUCACGAACAAACACGAAUACGCGUUGGAGAAGUUAAAACAAUUGAAACAAAAGAAUCAGGAAUUUGUCGUCUAUCUCUCUGAGUUUGAGAACCUCCUCACUUCGCUUACAGCCCAAGCAGGGCUUCCGGCUACAUACCACGAAUUGGUUACGUUACUAUCGAAACUCGACUUCAAUAUCCGUCUCAUGAAGUCCUUGAACAACGACGGUGGAAACCGGCCCUCCUCAGGCGGUAAUGGAGGCUCCCAGCGCAAUUCAGGAAGCAAUUCCAACUCAGGAAGCAACGCCCAAUCAGGAACACGACCCGGCCACUCGCACCAUGGAGGAACCCAGCCCGCUGGUGAUCCGAUGGAUCUAGACGCCGUAAAGCAAGCUGAACGUCAGCGCCGACGAGAUCUCAAUCUAUGUUUCUACUACGCUGAUCCGAAUCACAAAACUAAUGCUUGCCCGGAACUAGCCAAGAAAAACGCCAUAGAAUUAAAGACCGCUACAGAAACAGCACCGAAGACUGACGAAUCGAAAAACUAG